CCAUACUUUCUCUAAUUUUAGUGGUCCACAAUAAAUUAGUGUGAACUAAAUCCAUUUAAGAAUUUGUAUUCUCUUUUAACGGCAUAAAAUACUUGUACUUGCAUUAAAUUCCCUCCUAAAAUCCCAAAAAAAAAAAAAAAUACCCCAAUAAAAAUUUCAUCUUUCUUGUUUCAAAGUUCCCUGUUUUUCUGUUCAUAUUUCUCUGUUUUCUGCUUAAUUUUCACUUCAAACGUUUCUUCUUCUUCCUCCAAUGAAGAAACCACAAAUUUCCCAACCCCAAAUCUUAAAUUCUCCCUCAAUUAAUUCCACUUUAUGACGAUCAAAAACCCACAAAUUUUCGCCAUUUUUUUCUCUCUCUUCUUUCUCUCUCUACCCCCCCUUCUCCAUGGCCUCGGCUCCGGCUCAACUCUCGCUAUCUCCUCCGCAUCUUCCACCGUUUGCGGCAUCGUCGCCGGAGAAAUGAACCGCCGAAUAGAGUGUUUCAGUAACGGUCAAUUAAUUUCAAUUCAACCCAAUAUUUCUUACGCCGCCAUUGCAGGUGGUGGGAGCUUUUUCUGUGGACUUAGAUCUGGAGGAACAAGUUUACUAUGUUGGGAUACAACUACAAUCACUGUAAAUUCAUCCACAUUUACCCCAAAAAGAAUUUAUUACAGUAGUUCUUCGCCAUUGAAAGAGAUUUCAGUUGGGGAUUCUCAGGUUUGUGGGGUAAUUAAUGGAACAAAUGAGGUAAAAUGUUGGAGAGGAAUGAUGGGUUCGGGUCAAAACCCAUCUGGGGUUGGUGGGUUUGGGUCGAUUUCAUCUGGGUUUGGGUUUUCUUGUGGGAUUUUGAUGAAUAAUAGUAGGGUUAGAUGUUGGGGUAGUAAUGAAACCCUAGCUUCUGAAAUUGAAAAUCAAUUUGGGGGUUUUGCUAUGGUUAGUUUAACAGCUGGUGGGCAACAUGUGUGUGGGUUUAAUAUAUCUGGGUAUUUGGUUUGUGUUGGUAGGAAUUUAGAUGGGCAAUUAGAUUAUCCAUUUGAUUUGAAUGAAUCUUCUGGGUUGUCAAAUUUGGCACUUGGAUCAGAUUAUAGUUGUGCAAUUAGGAAAUUGAAUGGUACAGUUGUUUGUUGGGGUAAAAAUGGUUCAUAUUCAAGUAAUUUGAUUAAAGGGGUUGAUUUUGAGUUUUUGGUAGGUGGGUUGAAUUUUGUUUGUGGUUUAAUUACUAGGAAUUCUUCAAUUAUGUGUUGGGGUCCUGGAUGGAAUGGUAAUAAUGCUUCUUUGGGAAUUGAACUUCCUUUGCCAAAGAUUUUACCUGGACCUUGUGUUCAAUCUGAUUGUGAUCAAUGUGGUGUUUAUCCUGAAUCUGAGUCUCUUUGUUUUGGUUCUGGUAAUAUAUGCAAUUCUUGUAGUGUUCCAUCAUCAGUGGCGCCGGUUCCGGCACCGCCACCUAGGAUAUUGCCACCUUCGUCGUCACCAUCGACGUCGAAGGGGUUGAGAAAAGGUCUUUUGGUGUUUGCCAUUGUCGGGGCAGUAGGUGGGUUCGCUGGGUUAUGUACUAUUGUUUAUUGCUUGUAUACUGGUGUUUGUUUUGGGAGGAAGAAGAUUCAUAAUUCGGUACAACCAACGAUUACUCGUGGGGGUUCGAGUAAUGCUCGUACCUCUAGCAAUAGUCCUCCUUCAAGGUCCUUGACUAUUAGGCGUCAAGGGUCUUUAGCAUUUAGGCGGCAAAGGAGUGGAACAUCUUCUACUAAACACGCUGAUAGGGCAGAGGAGUUUACCUUCCAAGAGCUAGCUGAUGCUACUGGUUAUUUCUCUUUGGAGAAUAAGAUUGGUGCUGGUAGUUUUGGUGUGGUUUAUAGGGGUAAAUUAGUGGAUGGUAGGGAAGUGGCAAUCAAGAGAGGAGAAACAGGACCGCGAACAAAGAAGUACCAUGAGAAGGAGAGUGCAUUUGAAUCUGAAUUAGCAUUCUUGUCUAGGGUACACCAUAAGCAUUUGGUUAGACUUGUUGGAUAUUGUGAAGAGCGCGAUGAAAGGCUAUUAGUUUACGAGUUCAUGAAGAAUGGAGCACUUUAUGAUCAUUUGCAUGAUAAGAAGAAUGUUGAGAAAGGAAAUAGUGUUAUUAAUGCCUGGAAGAUCAGGAUUAGGAUCGCUUUAGAUGCUGCUCGUGGUAUAGAAUACCUUCACACUUAUGCAGUCCCGCCUAUAAUUCAUCGUGACAUUAAGUCUUCAAACAUCCUAUUAGAUUCUGAUUGGAUUGCUAGAGUAUCUGAUUUUGGAUUGUCUUUGUUGGGUCCUGAAACUGAUCAGGAUUUCAGGCCAACUAAAGCAGCCGGGACUGUUGGGUAUAUUGAUCCCGAGUAUUAUGGGUUGAAUGUGUUAACUGCCAAGAGUGAUGUUUACGGUCUUGGUGUUGUAUUGCUUGAGCUUCUAACUGGAAAGAAAGCAAUAUUCAAGGAUGGCAGUAGUGAUGGAGAUCCGACUAGCGUGGUGGAUUUCGCUGUACCAGAAAUUUUGGCCGGUGAAUUAGUGAAAGUUUUGGACCCGAGAGUAGGACCGCCUGAAUCCAAUGAAUCAGACGCGGUUGAGCUUUUUGCUUUUACUGCAUUACAUUGUGUGAAUUUGGAGGGAAAAGAUAGACCUACAAUGACCGAUGUUGUAUCCAAUUUGGAGCGCGCUCUAAACCUUUGUGAUGAUAGUCAUGGUAGUAUCUCUAGUGGCGGAAUAUUAUCAAUUGGAUCAGAUUGAAAAAAAAUUCGAGCAAGAUUGAUGGUUUUUUUUUUACAUUCUUUUCCAGCUUUUCCUUCAUUUUGUAUUCAUCAUUUUUCAUGAUUAUACAUGUUUAUUGAAUGUAUAUACUUCAUUAUUAGACACAGUAGGUGUAGAGUAGGAAAACAUGAUUUGUUUCAUCCCUGGAAAAUUAUUGUAAUUUUCUUGAAAUGAAGUGUAAAUUUGAAUUUUCUUUUUC